CGCUGCCCGCCGCCGUCGUCAUGGGGUCGUCGCUGUACGCCUCGCCGUCCUCCUCCAUCCUCAUGAUGCUCAUGUCCUCGCUGAACUCGCAGUCGUCCGACAUGCUUGGUCCUUUUUUAUCGUUAUUUGGCAGGAGAUGGCGUCACGUCAGUUAGCUGGGGCUAAGCUAGCUACCUAAAAAAAAGUCAACCGCGUUAACUGCAAAGCGGGUUAGCCGCUUAAGCUGUUUAAACCGCGGCCUUUGUUCCAAUGGCUUGUAAAAGAAGGCUAAUUUCUACCCGUCUUUUGACUUUUUAAUUUGUUUAUUUUUAUUCCGAAUUGAUGACUUCCCUGCAGCAGUUUUCAGCUUUUCCGGUAGCCGACGUCUUCUUCGUUGGACAUUAAGUGUGCCACAGCGCCACCACCAGCAUAGGAGGACGUAGGAGAACUGCCACACUGUUGCUAAAUUUGGUGACAUUCCAAACCCUCUUGGGUACAUAUCUUCUCAAAGGCGUCCAGUGACCUUUUCUCACGUCGUUGGAGAGUUUUCUGGUAUUUGGGAACUUAAAGGUGAAAGCACGGAUUGUUGUGCAGCGUUUGUUCUCACUGAGCAGCAGGGGGUGCUGCUGAGAGGUCCGCCCCGCCCCUAAGUAGUCACUACCCGUCGGUGCACGUUCAGCUUAUCAAUAUAUUUGGAGUUCUAAACGUUUACAUAUUAUUUUACACACAUUUUCUCUCCUAUUGGAUUUUUUCCAGCUCAUGUUACGUCAUAUGCAAACAAUAUGUAAAUUACUCAAUUGCGCCAUCUAGCGACUUCUAGCAUAGCCAAUAGCUAUUUUUUUGACUUAGGAGUCAACAGUGCUGCCACAACGUGUGUGUGCUAGUUGACGGUAGAGGCAAAAGCGAUGGUUUUAACGGCGACUUAGAGCACAUCCGCUCUAAAGGGAAACAUUAAUAAUUUAAAUGAGUAUUCUUUGGUUCUAGUUGAUUUGUGAGCUUUCGUUGGCGCGGCGAACCACAGCGAGCUUUGUGCGGAAGCUAAUUGGGCUAACGCUAGCUAACGUGCUGCGGCAUCUGUUGAGAAACAAGGAUGGCCAGUGUGGUGAUCCCUGCGUGCACCAGCGUUCUUUUGCUGGACAUCGAAGGCACAACCACGCCAAUAACCUUUGUAAAGGACAUUCUAUUUCCAUACAUUAGGGAGCAUCUUGAGGACUACCUGUCCACUCACUGGGAGGAAGACGAAUGCAAGCAGGAUGUUCAUCUUCUGAAAAAACAGAUCGAAGAGGACAUGAGGCAGAACCGGGCGUGUCCCGUCCACACCGUGGACCAGACGGUUCACACGGACGAGGAGAAGGCCAUCAGGGAAGUGGUGGACAACGUAUUGUGGCAGAUGGCGGCCGACAGGAAGUCAACGGCGCUCAAGCAGCUCCAGGGUCACAUGUGGCGGUCAGCGUACGCGUCGGGGAGACUCAAAGGCGAGAUCUACCAGGACGUCACAGCGUCCAUCAGAAGGUGGCGGGAUCACGGCCUCAAGGUCUUCAUCUACUCUUCAGGCAGCGUGGAGGCCCAGAAGCUGCUCUUUGCACACUCUGUGGAGGGUGAUGUUUUAGAUUUAUUUGACGGCCACUUUGACACGGCUAUCGGGGCCAAAGUGGACGCCAAAAGCUACAAGAGAAUCGCAGAGAGGAUCGGCUGCCCGCCGGAGGAAAUCACCUUCCUGACAGACGUCACUCGAGAGGCCAAAGCGGCGGAGGACGCUGGUGUCAACGUAGUGGUGGUGGUGCGGCCGGGAAACAUGGAGCUGACUGAGGAAGAGAGGGCGCACUAUGACCUCAUCGCAUCCUUCGGACAGCUGGAAGUGACGGGACGAGCUUAGCGGCAAAAAAAAGCGGGCCGUCACAUCUUUCCCUCCCCGCCCCCUCACACCUGCCCUGACCGUUUACGCCUCGCCUUGGGCGUGUCCCGCGUGCAUGAGAUGCUGCAACUAUUGUGGGGGGGACACCUGCCGGGCAGGUCACCGUUGCCUCAAAAAAAACUUCUUUUAGGUUGGAAA